AACGCACACUCGUCAUAUGACCCGCGGCCCCGAACGGAGCCACUCGCCGGAAGUCCUUCAAAACCCUAACAGAGCCACCGCCCCUUUCUCGCCUCAAACACGUGGCCGGCGUUCCGAUGGACAUGCGACGGCCUCCCCGGACGGUCAGCGACCCCAAGGUCCGCCAGGUCGGCUUCGUUACCCCCAGCGCGGCGCCGCCUACCCGUUCCCUCUCCGACGCACCUACCACGGUUGCCGCGGCCGCCUCGGCUUCCUCUCCUCCAUCUGGAGAAAUCUCCCUCCCUGGCAGCUCCCUCUCCCCCGUCAUGAUCCCCCCGCCCCGCCACGCCUCCUCCGACGGCCGCCCCUCCGCCCCCGUUGCCGUUCCCAAUCCCGCCUCCUCGCUCCGCCGCGAAAGCCUUCGGAUCCGGGUGGGCAGCUACAAUGCGUCGGAGGUCGUGCUCGGGACGCCCCCCUCGGCGUCACCAUCUAGCCGAACGGAUAACGCGGCCUCCGAGUUUUCGGAAGAGACCAUGUCUCCAUGGCAUGGAAGGAGUGGAACGGCAAAGGUCGCGUCCUCCUUCCCAGGGAGUAGCAGUGAGAUGAUUGUGAUGAAGACUGGUGUUGGUGGCGGCGGAGGCGCUGCCAGUACUCCAAAGAGCCCGUUGACGACUGCAUCCGUGGUGAAGACGCUGCCUGGUAUUUCAGAGAAAGAAAGAGAAGUGUUAAUGGGGACACAAAACGAUGGGGCUGGGGUAUCAAAGACACUGAAGGAGAAAACAACAAAAGCCGAGAGGCGUGCCCUCCAAGAGGCUCAACGUGCCGCAAAAGCUGCAGCAAAGGAAGCUGGUGCUGGAGUCAAGCCCUCCACUGCCUCAGGAAGUGCAGUUGUUGCAAACACAAAGCAGGGCAAAGUUGUGAAACCUCCUUCUCAAAAGAAAGAUGGACCUCAAAUUGCACCUCCCUCUGGAUCUUCUGAAAAGAAGGUUGUUGAUCGUCCUCCUGAAAAGGAUCGGAAGAAAGAUGUUCCUGCUCCACGUAUGCAAUUUGAUGAUAAACAUAGGGUUGAGAAGGCAAAACGACGUGCAGUAGUUAAUCAAUUUGAGGCUAAAAACAGAGUUGAAUUGUUCCGGCAUUUGCCUCAAUAUAUACAUGGAACUCAGCUUCCUGAUCUUGAAGGAAAGUUCUUUCAACUUGAUCCAAUGCAUCCUUCUGUUUACAAGGUUGGACUCCAGUACUUGUCUGGUCAAAUAUCAGGUGGCAAUGCUCGUUGUAUUGCAAUGCUUCUUGCAUUUCGAGAGGCAAUCCGAGACUAUUCUACACCCCCUGAAAAAGCUCUUGUCCGAGAUCUGACUGCAAAAAUCAGUAGUUAUGUCUCAUUUCUGAUUGAAUGUAGACCUCUUUCGAUUAGCAUGGGAAACACUAUCAAGUUUUUGAAAAAUAGGAUUGCUAAAUUACCAGAUACCAUGUCAGAAUCGGAAGCCAAAUCUAGUCUUCAAUCUGAUAUUGAUCGUUUCAUAAAUGAGAAAAUAGUAAUUGCUGAUAAGGUUAUCAUUAGGCAUGCUGUCACCAAGAUCAGAGAUGGGGAUGUUCUUCUAACAUAUGGAUUAUCGUCUGUUGUUGAAAUGAUACUAGUAUAUGCUCACGAGGUUGGGAAACAGUUUCGUGUUGUGAUUGUUGAUUCUCGUCCAAAGCUUGAAGGGCAGGUGUUGCUCCACAGACUGGUGGCCAAGGGCCUUAACUGCACAUAUACACAUAUUAAUGCAAUUUCAUACAUCAUGCAUGAAGUCACACGGGUUUUUCUGGGAGCUGCUUCAGUGCUGUCUAAUGGAACAGUUUACUCAAGAGUUGGAACAGCAUGUGUAGCUAUGGUCGCAAAUGCUUUCCGGGUUCCCGUUCUCAUAUGUUGUGAGGCAUAUAAGUUUCAUGAAAGGGUGCAGCUGGAUUCUAUAUGUUCAAAUGAGCUAGGUGAUCCAGAUGUCAUUUCGAAGGUUUCUGGACGGCAAGAUUUAAACCAUCUGGAUAAUUGGGCUGACAAUGAGAAUCUGCAGCUUCUAAAUCUUUCUUAUGAUGCAACACCGUCUGAUUAUGUGUCAAUGAUUAUCACAGAUUAUGGAAUGCUCCCACCUUCCAGUGUGCCAGUUAUUGUGAGAGAAUAUCGCAGGGAGAACUUAUGGAUAUGAAGUCCAAUUUUUGGUCUUGUUUUCUUCUCAAAAUAGUGUGCUUCCGGGUAAAUAUUAGUCAAAAUUGGUUUGGCUGUUCUAAUAAUGAGGUUUUGUGGGUUUUCUUUCCAGUUGCAUGAAGUUAUCAUCCUUUUUCAUUUUAUUUACCGGUCAUUGUUAUCUUGCUACUUUGAAUCUGUAAAGAGGGCAAUCUCUCUCCUCUCUGGAUAUGUUUGAGGGUCUGUUGGCUUAAUUUAAUGUGGAAUUUUUGGUGCAAUUUGGAAUCCGUGUAAAGUUAUUUUAUUUUUGGAUGA